AUGUCCGAAAACACCGGCAAAAUACUCUGCCCAGAAACCCAGGCAGAAGAAGACACCUCACUGGUUGCCAGAUCUCCUCGUCUUGCCUCCGUUGGUCUGGACUACUUGGGAUUUAUCACAAAUGGUCAGAAGCCCGAGUUUCCUCAUUGUAGUUUUUCUCCCGGGCGCGCUCCUUGGACGAUCAUAUCACCUAUCAGAGACUUAGGCGUCAUGAACAUCGACCUGCUUUCAAUGACUUGGGAGGAGUUCCAAAUUUUGGCGUUAGAACACGUGAAACAAAGCCCUACGAUUAAUCCACUUUUUCGCCUUUUGCGUGAUGCCAAUUAUAUUGGGGCCCUUGAAUGGCGUGUCACACUAUCGGGGCAUCCGGAUUACACUUCUGCAAACAAGAUUCAGGUUGCCGGCGACGCCUCGUUCUCCAAGUUUGCAGAGGCCGCCUACGACUUUUUUCCGAAUGCAGUCGUCUUUAAGAUGAUUAUGCGUGAACCAAAUGACCCUCCCGCGGAUUCAAUGCCGGCCGACGGGAAUUCCGUCAAAAGAGCUCACCCAAUGGACGCCGAUGGAGAGCGCCGUCCCGCUAUCGCCUUGAGGACCCCCGGAGCAUAUAGGUUCCAAAAGGUCAGCGGUUCCGGGAAUCAAGGCCUUUCAACUGGGCAGUCCAACAGCCCGCAACCUGGCCCCGACGACGGGGUCAAUGCAUCCCCUUUGGGAGGCAGGGGCCAUGGCGCCGUUCAGAACAACCAAUCCACUGGGAGCCGCAGUGUUACACGCGCCGUCACAAAGGACGGUCCCAAAGGAAUGUCCACCCCCAAGACGUCCGCGCCGAAGACUCAUGAGGUGGGGCCCUCUCCCUUGGCAACCAACACGACUGCCCCACGCGUCCCGGCUGGACGUCAGCCAGUAUCAACGGACGAGAUUGAAGUGAUCCGCGGGCCUCUGACUGCUACAGCCCGCCGCGUGGUUUCUCUCCCAUCGACUCGAGUUAUCCAGUCGCCUCAAGCCGGGUUAUCGACUUAG